AUGCACCCCUCCGUGGUGCCGCGGCACCGAAGCAGAGCUCACCUGCCCUGCCGCCCUCGACGCGGCUGCUCGUGGCACAGCAGGCUCGGCCGCGGGGCUCCGGCGCUGGCGGCACCGGGCACCCCCGGGGACCGGCGGCAUGGGGCAGGUCCUCCGCUCCGGGACCCUCCGGACCCCCAACGUCCCCGAGCACCCUGCACCCCAGCGGGGGUGGACCUGUGAGGUGGGACCCCAGGGACCUGCCAGGAGGGGACAGCAGGGACCCCCUUGCCAGCUGGGACCCCCCCCCAAGCUGGACUGGCGCUGGGGGUCACCCACACCGGCCGGAGGGACGCAGGUGCUGCAGGGCCGGGGGAACGGCGGGGGCCCCCAGUGCGGGGCCGCGGUGCUAAACCGGGGAGAGGACGGGUGA